AUGGCAAUCAAACCAAUUACCGGAAUGCUCCGUAGGGGCCUCGUACUUGACCUCAGUGUCGCUUUUGGUCUCGGCACGACUUUCGGAUACGCCUUCUGGUACGGAUUCCACGUUCCAGCUGUCGCCAAGCGAGACGCAUACUACUCGAAACUGGAAGACAAAAGAGCAGCCAACGCCGCGGCAUAG